AUGUGGAGCCUGAUGGUCCUCCUCUGCUAUGUGUAUGUUACCAGUGGCAAGGAGAAGGUCUUAUUCACCUCCAGGAACUUCAUCAACGUCCUAGAAUGGACCGCGGCUAAACAGAGAUCUCCAGGAGAGAAGAUCUUGUACAGCGUCUUGUAUAGUGACACGGAUGGCGAGGAGUUCAAGAAGAAAGCUGAGUGUCAGAACAUCACAGAGCUCUUCUGUGACUUGACCGAAGAAACCCCCCCGGUCUACGACGUUGACUACAGAGCCAAGGUCCAGGUCCAAGGCUCGGACUACAUCCAGACCAAAAGAUUCAAGCCUGUAGCCAAAACGGUUUUGGGCGCUCCGUUGGUGUCUCUUGUGGUGAAAAAGAGGACCUUACAUGUGGACGUCAAAACUCCUCUGGGCCGAAACAAUGCGUCCGUCUCAGACAUUAUCAAGAAAAUCAAAAUUGGCGCCUCUGAAAUCCCAACGUUUUACAGUUUAAUUAUCACUGAACCACAGAGAGCCGUCCAGGAGAUGGAAACCACGACCGGUCACUUUGAGGUGGACCUAAAGGAUUCUCAAGCUGAGCAUUGUGGUUAUGUGGUGUACAAACCAGGUGUGGAGUGGGGCCGCCCCGUCAGUGAGAAGGCUGAUUUCUGUGUGACGCCACCAGCGGGUGAGGCCUGGUGGCCGUGGGUGACUCUGAGCGCGGUGCUGCUGCUGCUGCUGGUCACGGCUGCAGUGGUUUGUGCAAAGUCCUAUGUCACGAAGAUGAAGAAGACCUGGCCACAGUCGCUCCGGGGCUUCUCACCUCAACAUGUGAAAGAUCCAAACCAACUCCUGAUGCAUCCUGAAGAGGGUCACAUUUCCAAACCAGAAAUCCUAACCCAACAAGAAAGAGAAAAGAUGGUAUACGCCAACACCCGGACUAUAGCCGCUGCUCCCUCUGCUCUGGAAUCAGGCUAUGGACACACACAUUCCUUCUCCUCAUGGCCUGACGAGUUCAACCGUCAUAGUCCAACUCUACGAUACCAGAACGACAGCUUUGGUUCGUCCGUGGUUUAUGGAGGCGUGACGGUCCAGGACGAAGGGAACGGAGAUUUGCAUCAGCUUCAGGGCGAUACUAAGGAAAGUCAAGAGUGGAUAUUACCAGGGUUUCCGCAAAGUGGAGCUAUAGUGUCGCCACAAACGCUAUUACCGGAUGUAGAUUCUCAUGACGACGUUGAGGGGCAGACGCUACUGCUACCUACGCAAAGAGACAGCAAUGGUUUGCUUACUCUGUCUAUGCUUCUACAACCCAUGAAUGGAAUAACAGAGACCAUAGUAUCUCCUCAGACAAAACAACUUCUCCCCUACCUCAAGCUCUCCUCAGACCUGGGCGCCAACUUUGGGUCUUUGCAGAGUCUGGAGAGUUCCGUGUCGGACGAAAACUCUCUUCUGACUCCGGACUACGACCACAGUCACUACUUGUCAAAUCAACAGAACUUUGCGAGUCCAGACUCUUCGUGUGAGGACAGUGGCAUCUACGACACGCCCUACAAACAGAACAUGAUGCCACAAUUAUGCAGCUUGAAACACUGGACCAUCGUGUACCAUAGACACUGGACCAUCGUGUACCAUAGAUACUGGACCAGCGUGUACCAUAGAUACUGGACCAGCGUGUACCAUAGACACUGGACCAUCGUGUACCAUAGACACUGGACCAUCGUGUACCAUAGAUACUGGACCAUCGUGUACCAUAGACACUGGACCAUCGUGUACCAUAGACACUGGACCAUCGUGUACCAUAGACACUGGACCAUCGUGUACCAUAGAUACUGGACCAUCGUGUACCAUAGACACUGGACCGGCGUGUACCAUAGACACUGGACCAGCGUGUACCAUAGAUACUGGACCAGCGUGUACCAUAGACACUGGACCGGCGUGUACCAUAGACACUGGACCGGCGUGUACCAUAGAUACUGGACCGGCGUGUACCAUAGACACUGGACCAGCGUGUACCAUAGACACUGGACCAGCGUGUACCAUAGAUACUGGACCAGCGUGUACCAUAGAUACUGGACCAUCGUACACUGGACCAUCGUGUACCAUAGAUACUGGACCAUCGUGUACCAUAGACACUGGACCAUCGUGUACCAUAGACACUGGACCAUCGUGUACCAUAGACACUGGACCAUCGUGUACCAUAGAUACUGGACCAUCGUGUACCAUAGACACUGGACCGGCGUGUACCAUAGACACUGGACCAGCGUGUACCAUAGAUACUGGACCAGCGUGUACCAUAGACACUGGACCGGCGUGUACCAUAGACACUGGACCGGCGUGUACCAUAGAUACUGGACCGGCGUGUACCAUAGACACUGGACCAGCGUGUACCAUAGACACUGGACCAUCGUGUACCAUAGACACUGGACCAUCGUGUACCAUAGACACUGGACCAUCGUGUACCAUAGACACUGGACCAUCGUACACUGGACCAGCGUGUACCAUAGAUACUGGACCAGCGUGUACCAUAGACACUGGACCGGCGUGUACCAUAGACACUGGACCGGCGUGUACCAUAGAUACUGGACCGGCGUGUACCAUAGACACUGGACCAGCGUGUACCAUAGACACUGGACCAUCGUGUACCAUAGACACUGGACCAUCGUGUACCAUAGACACUGGACCAUCGUGUACCAUAGACACUGGACCAUCGUGUACCAUAGAUACUGGACCAUCGUACUGGACCAUCACACUGGACCAGCGUGUACCAUAGACACUGGACCAUCGUGUACCAUAGACACUGGACCAUCGUGUACCAUAGACACUGGACCAUCGUGUACCAUAGACACUGGACCAUCGUGUACCAUAGAUACUGGACCAUCGUACUGGACCAUCGUGUACCAUAGACACUGGACCAGCGUGUACCAUAGAUACUGGACCAGCGUGUACCAUAGAUACUGGACCAUCGUGUACCAUAGACACUGGACCGGCGUGUACCAUAGACACUGGACCAGCGUGUACCAUAGACACUGGACCGGCGUGUACCAUAGAUACUGGACCGGCGUGUACCAUAGACACUGGACCAGCGUGUACCAUAGACACUGGACCAGCGUGUACCAUAGACACUGGACCAGCGUGUACCAUAGUCACUGGACCAGCGUGUACCAUAGACACUGGACCAGCGUGUACCAUAGACACUGGACCGGCGUGUACCAUAGAUACUGGACCGGCGUGUACCAUAGACACUGGACCAGCGUGUACCAUAGACACUGGACCAGCGUGUACCAUAGACACUGGACCAGCAUUUGCCAAAGUAUUGUGUUGGAGCAGUCUUUGUGUGUGACCCUCGGAGCAGCAUCAACAUCGACACAGACUGAGGUCGAAGCAGCAGUUCCAGAAAACUACAACUUAAAAAACUACAACUUUGGACAAGUCUCACCUCGGUCACUUCUUUGUAAAGGACCAGCUGGGGCCUCACCAUGGACUCCACAAAGGUGA